UUCUGUCAUCUGAAUUGAGCUGCCCUGCUCAGACAUCUCUUGCGCAACGAUACGCACAACCGACAGCAACAACGUCGCAGCUUGACCAGCAAAGACACAAUGUCACGCCACAACAGGCAUCAUCAGUCAUGUCGUGAGCUUCAUGUCGUGGUGCUGGGUGCUGGAGGCGUAGGAAAGAGUUGCUUAACAGCCCAAUUCGUUCACAAUGAGUGGAUCGAGAGUUACGACCCGACAAUUGAAGACACCUACCGGACACAAUUACAGGUUGAUGGACGGCAAGUGGUCUUGGAAAUCCUCGAUACCGCGGGCACAGAGCAGUUUGUUGCCAUGCGCGACCUUUACAUGAAAUCUGGUCAAGGCUUCAUUCUGGUCUUCAGCAUCACCUCAUCGUCCUCAAUGAACGAGAUUGAGAUGCUUCGAGAGGAAAUCACCCGCAUCAAGGACGACGACAAUGUUCCUAUCGUCAUCGUCGGCAACAAGGCCGACUUGGAAGAGCAGCGGUCUGUACCUAGACAAAGGGCCUUUGCGUGCUCUCAGAUGUGGGAUGCGCCUUACUACGAAACGAGCGCAAGGACACGAACCAACGUCGACGCCGUAUUUAUAGACAUUUGUCGCCAGCUUCUCAUGAAGGAUGAGAAGUUUCAAAACCAAGCCGCUCACGAAGAUGAAGAUCACGAGUACGAGAAAAACCCAGGCCUCAUGGGUUUUGCAAAGCGGAAGCACCGAAGGCGCAGACGCCCUGACGGUCACCGAUGUGUCAUCCUUUGAGUUGUCCAUCAUGAUCUUCCAUCGAUCCGAGGCCCGAAACGCCCUCUAACCACGGAUCUUCCUCACAAGCGGAAGCAAUCGGAGCUUUCUGUUGUCAGCAUCUCAGGAUCAAACGCUUCAUAUUCGAAUUCGACGCACUCCGCAGCCGGCAUUCAUACACUUCAAGACCCACAAAGAAAAGGGACGCACUCAUUCAGGCCCUUUAUGUUUCCUUUUACGUUUAUUUUUAUUUUCGCACUCAAGACGACCUUGUCUCAUCGGCAAACCAUACCCUCUCAUGAAAUUUUGACAUCAACUUCGCGGCAAUGAAGUCCUCCAUCUUUGUUUUCGACACGGCCUUUUGUACGCUUUACGACUUCAUUUCAAACUUCCUUCGAGGACAGCUGGAUUAAAGCAU